AUGGCUAAUGUAAUCGACGACUUGACCUUCUUGCGCACAGCCUUGACCAUAGAAGCUUUCUGUGAAGGAGAGGCACGACAACAGAUGACUGAAUCAGCUUUGACUCCUAAAUCGAUAAACAGAGACAUAAGUGUCAUGUCAUGUUCAAUAUGGGAAAGUGUGAUACCAUCGACAACGACCACGCAGUGUGCCACGCGAUUAUUAUCAAGCUCUAUCAUGGCUGCAGCCAUUUUACCAGCUACAUCACCUUCAUCUGACCGGAGAAUAACCACUGUAGAGUAG